AUGAUGGCUGGUGGAACAACCGAGUACACGGCACUGGGCGAUGAAGAUCUCCCCGUGCAGGCACUGCCACACGUGAAGCCUCGAGCUUUGAUUGUCGUGGCAGACGGCAGCGAAGAGCUCGAGACAUUGGCGUUGUCCGAUGUCUUGAUCCGUGGAGGACUUCACGUCGUCAUUGGAUCGGUCGGACGAACCAGAAGCAACAUCGUUAUGGGCAACCACGGUCUACACAUCCAGGCCGAGAAGCCAAUUGAGGAGUGCAGCUUUGAAAACUUCGAGCUGAUAGUCUUGCCUGGAGGCGAUGGAGCUACGCACGUGCGUGACUCCGACCUCGUGAUCAAAAUGCUGCUGUGGCAGAAACAAGCUGGACGCUGGAUCGCUGCGAGCUCCUCGGCGCCUGCGGUUGUACUGAACCCGCACGGUUUGCUUGGCGAGCGUGCCACUUGUUCGAAUGCUCAUGAGCCAGAAAUGAUGCGUGAGUUCGUCGAUGAAGAUGUCGUUGUGGACAAUCGCUGCGUGACAAGCCAGGGUCCAGGCACGGUGCUCAAGUUCGCACUGACGCUGGUCAAGCUGCUGAACGGAGACCUUGCUGCCCAAAGAGCUGCCAAGGAGCUUCUGUAUCCUUGGCCAUAG